UACUUAUGUUGAACCCUCCUUAUUUAAGAGUCCUGAUUUUGCAGUCCCGUAUAGUCCGGACUGCAAAACAGUAACCAAACUUUAAACCCUUGCAAAAAAUUGCACCUUUUACGCUGCUCGUUGAGAAACCAGAACACGCAGAAUAGCUUGAAGUCUUAAACCCUAAUCAUGGCUAUUAUAGGAACCCAGGAGUCCCCACAAGUCUACAGAUUGCCGCAGUACAGGUAUGUUGAUGCCGUACGCUGGCUUCCGCCGGUGUCCGCCUUUGACAGAUUUGCGGUUGUUGCGUAUUAUGACACAGACGCCGGCUCUCCCUCCGUUGAAAUUCACGCCCUAAAUCCAAACCCAUCUCCGACCUUAACUCCCCAAUCCUCAUGGACUCCUCCAUCGCGCAUCUCCUCUCUCAGAACUUGUCCAACUCCUCUUAGCCCAAUCCUUGCUGCCUCCACCUUCUUGGGUUCUCUUCACAUUUUGGCAUGCAAUUCUGCAAAUGGGGCAGUGAUUGAGUCAGAGGCGUCGGUGGCGGAGUUAGGGUUCCACGCGGGGCCCGUGGCAAGCGUGGAUUUGAGGGAUGGUGGGAGUGAGUGUGUUAGUGUUGGGGAGGACGGAAGGGUGAAUUUGGUAAGCAUUGUUGGGAAUUCUUCGAAUCUGAAUUAUAGAAGGGUUUUUGAUGGGAAUGGACUGGUUGGGUACACUGCGGUGAAGUGGGCGUCGCCAACAGAGUUCGUUACUGGUUGCUAUGGAUUUGGCAUUCACUGGUGGGAUCAGAGGAAGCCGGGUGGCCCGGUUACUCAGUUUAAGGGAAAUUGGUCUCAAGGAAAAACUUCUGGCAUUAUACACUCCGUUGACAUUCAUCCAUCAAGGAAGCACACUUGUCUUGCAGGAGGCUCUUCAGGAGUUGCAUUUGCCUGGGAUCUUCGUACACCACAACAGCCCAUUGUUCUUUCUGGCAUCGAGACAGGUGGGGCAGCAAUCCAUUCAUUAUCUGAAAGUGAGGUUUGGGAAGUUCAGUAUGAUUGCUAUGCAAGGUCUUCAAACAUUAGCAACAUCUCAUCUUCAAGGAUCCUACCUGUUAUGAUGUGUUCAGAAGAUGGUAUCCUUGCAGUGGUAGAACAAGGUGAAGAACCUAUUGAGCUUAUGGCAGAACCUUGUGCCGUCAACAGCUUUGACAUUGAUCGGCAGAACCCUUCAGAUGUUAUAUGCAGCUUGGAGUGGGAGUCUAUAGCCAUCUUGGCAAGGCCAUAAUGACAUCAAGAAAAGGAUGUCAGAAUCUUUGAAUCUGUUCAUCCAAGACCUUGUGCUAGGUUAAGGAGAGUUAUCUCCAUCCAGCAAUGUGUUGCCAUGAUUGGAUGGAAGGACAGGCAUUGAUUGAUUUCAGCAAUAGAGGUGAAUUAGCAACCUUUUUUUACCCUCCAGUCUGUAACCUCAGUGUUGUGUGAAAGGAGAAACCCCUGCACUAAAUUUUAGUUAUAUAGUCUUGCGUAGUGAAAAUGGAAGAAGCAGCACCCUUGGAAUGGAUAAUAAAGUAAACUAGAUUCUUGUAAUUCAUUUUUCAUCAAUUUCAUCUCGGUUAAAGUGGCUUCCUAAAAUCUGUAUGUUCUUGGUGAAUUAGAUUUCAUCAGUUUAGGAUUAUUACCAGUUUACAACUUAAAAGAAGAAAGUCUAGUCCAUCUGAUCAUCUGGGGAUGUAACUUGGAUUUCGGUUGGUUGGUCGUUUCUGUUUGGUCUUCAUUCUUUGUAACAGUAUCUGGGUGGUCUUUUGGAUGAAUUCUCAAAUUAGUCUGGAAAUGGGUAUGAACAGGCUGCGUAAAUGAGAUGAGUCUCAGUCUAAUCAACCAAAGCUGCCUUAGCAGUACCAAGUACGGACGGUAAUUUUCCCUUAAUCUGUGUUUUAUUUGGGAUCCCUCUCGGAUUGGGUGUCUUUUUCUCAUAAAUUUUGGGACAACUU